GAAAAUAUGUCGAGGAAGAAUUAUUCGAAUUGGGGAAGAAGUUAAGAUUUGAGCAUGCUGUUCAUUCCUUUAUUUUGGAUGUCGAGGAUGAGAUAAUUCGCCAGCAUUUCAGCAAGGCAGAACUAGACGAAAUUGAUUGUGUCCCUGGCCCACAGCUACCCGAGCUCUCUGAAGAAAUCACUGGAUUUCUAAACAAAUUCGCUGACAAGUAUUUCAGUGGCUUGCACAUGGUAGUGAGAGAAAUUCAAAGUGGAAGCUUGAAAGAUGCAAAUCUUGAAGCCUGGUUUAAUUGCCACGUGUGGAGUGUGGUCUUCGAUCAAGCUUUUGGAGAUGUAGAUGUGAUAUCUGUCGUCAGAGGGGAAAGUACAAGCUUGGCAUCGGCAUCACGAAAAAAUAUAAAAAGACUGUCAGGAGAACGGCGGAAAAUGGGUCGCAGGAUUGAUUGGAUCUUGAGAUCUAUUAGUAAUGGCGAUAGAGAUGAGUUUGGAGCUGGGGAAGCUGGAAAAAGUUGGGUGGACAAAAAUGGAACGAAGUUUCUCAAGGAAGCGGGAUUAAAGCUACCUAAGACACUCAAGGAUAUGUUAGUAAAAUUGAUGGAGAAGGCAGGUUGGGAUGAAGAAAGUCGUGCAAAAAUUCAAACAGUUGGAAUGAUUCAUGCUGGCCUUAUGAUUAUGACGGUCUGCUUGGACAACCCAAAAGGCUACAUCUGUAGGGUGCAACGUGGUGAACUAAUGGAAGUUCCGGAUAAUACAGAAAAUUUUCCUGACAUCCUCACAAUUCUCGCAUCUGUUCUGAUUAUAAAGGGCUGGGUUCGAAAACGACCUCGAGACAAAGAUGAGCAUCGAAUAUCUCCAUGUUUAUCAACUCCGAAGAAGAAGGCUAAAGUAUGCACAAAAGCAUAUACCAAGAAAUCAAAUCCAUCAUCCCUGUGUCCUGGAUCACCAUCGCAAGUAUCUGAUUUAUUCUCAUGCUUGGAAGGAAUUAAUAUUAACAUUUCUCGCAUGUCAUAA